CGGCGUUUGACAACGCAUUAAGUAUACGAACAUAAAACAUACAUUUCAGUAAAGAAUAUAAAACUUAAAAUGUCAUGACAAGAUUCGACACUCCCAGCAGAUGAAUGCAACACCACUUCAUCCCUGGGUCAUAGCCAAUAAAGAUGGUAUGGUAGAGGCAGCACAUUGCGACUGCAAGGCUGGUCUCAGGGAGACAUGUAGCCAUGUCGGAGCCUUGCUUUUCCACAUAGAGGCUAUACAUCGCCUCAUGUCCCGCAGAACUGUGACACAGGAAAAGGCUUACUGGUCCAUGCCUAAAGCAGUCGACAAGGUGCCCUAUGCUGAAAUUCGGGAUAUCGAUUUAACGUCUGUGUCAACCAAAAAAAGGCGUCUUGACAGUGUUAUUAAUGGUGAGGACGUUCAACAAGAGCGACAACCUUUGAAAUUGCCAUAUGUACCUGAACCGACCGCACUAGAAAGGUGGGAGUUGUUGCGAGAUUUGCAUGCCGCAAACACACAUUCGUCGGUUCUAACUGUCUCGUCUGGAUUCCAGGAUGAAUUUAUACCGCACAUUCUUCAAGAUGGAAAUCUACCUCAGCCCCUUGUGGAUCUACGGGAUGACAGGUAUUUAGAUAUGUCCCCGGAAGCUCUGAGAGCGCACUGUAUUGAGCUCAGUAGAACUUUAACCGUGACUGAAGAGCAGGCAAUAAAUGCCGAAAGGCUCACUCGAUACCAGAGCAAAUGUAAAAAGUGGUUUCGCUUUCGGUUAGGAAGAAUAACUGCUUCCAUCAUGAAAUCUGUGUGUACAACAAGCAGCGAGAAUCCUGCCUUAUCAACUGUCUUGGCUGUAUGCAGUACCAAGCGCUUCAGAUCGAAAGCCACUGACUAUGGGAUUAAACAGGAAAACAUUGCUCUGAAGGAAUAUGAAAAACGAAUGAGGACAGAACACGAGAACUUUACCAUAACAAGAUGUGGACUGUGUAUCAACUCAGAGUACCCUUACAUUGGUGCAAGCCCGGAUGGUUUUGUGAAAUGUGAUUGUUGUGGUGAAGGUCUGGUUGAAAUAAAGUGCCCUUUUACUGCAAAGGACCAUGGCCUUGAUAAUAUUCCAUAUCUAUGUGAUGGCAAGCUUAAGGACAGUCACAAGUACGCGUACCAAGUGCAGACACAGCUCCUUGAUUAUUGUGAUUUUGUUGUAUGGUCUCCAUCGGAUAUAUUUGUUCAAAGGAUUGAACCCGAUAUUAAACUGGGUGAUGAAAUUGUAGAAAAAUCACAGGCCUUUUUCACUCAUGCUGUUUUACCUGAACUGACAGGAAGUCUGAUUUCCAGAGAAAGGCUGCAUAAGCAAACUCCGCGGACAGGAACAUUGUUCAGUGAUGUGUGCCCAAAUGGUCCGCAAAGUGCUAAUCAACAUCCCAAAGCUGCUCAGCCCCUUUCCCCGGUGAAAAUAAGUACCCAAUCCAUGUGUAAUUCCUCUGUAAAAAGUGACGAGGACAUCAGUCAGUCCGACGGGGCUUCUCAAGAAUUACGUUGUGUUUGUGGUGAUAUUGCAGAUAAAAACACUGAAUGUACUGUGAAAUGUGCAAAUGAAAACUGUCCACAUGGUUUCCUGCAUUUCAAAUGCAUUUCAAUCAAAAGAAAACCCAAACCCCCAUAUUACUGUCCAUCAUGCAGACAUAAGAUGUGGAAGUAAUAUCCACUUGUGAUACUUAACUGUGAUUGAUACAGAUACAAGUUUUUGUUGAUGAUGACCAUGGCAUUGAUAUUUCUGAAAACAUCUUGGAAGCAGACCAGACGUAAUGAAACACAGCAUCUGGUCUGUUUCCUAGCUGUUUGACAUUCAGACAAUAUUUCUUUAUGAAAAUAAAUGGGGCAUAAAAUAUGCAUUGUAGUAUUAUAAAUUGUUUCUUUGAUACUUAAAUAAUAUAUCUUUCCUUUUUAUAAUUUUCAUGAAAGAAUGUAAAUUAUAAAAAUAACUGUGUUUCAGGUAGUCAUUAAAUCAGGUUUUAAAUUUAAGAAUUUCUAUUAAAUCAGUAAUGUAUUAUACUUCUUCUUUUACUUCUGAACAUUUUUAAGCUAAAAAGAUUGUACAUUAUUAGAAUAAUUUACAAACCACUACUAUAAAGUUUUACUUUCAUUUAUACAUGUAUGCAAGGGACUUUAUACUAAUUAACAGCUUAAGUUUUAAUCAGUUUUAGUUGCUUCCCACUUCAUGAUAACUGUGAUAUAACAAAUAUUUGGUAUGUGUUAUUUAUGCAUGUAAUAACUGGUAUGAUAUCUUGAAAGCGCAGUCUGAUCAGGAUCCAAACUGUUUGCUAUUCAGUCAGUAAAACAAAGAUGUUAAUCCAAUAGUCUGGAUUUUUAUAAGACUGUGUUUUUAUAAGCAGGCUGAUAUGGAUCAAAACUGGUCGCAUUUGCCACAAGGUCUCUUUUCCUGUGACACUGUAUCAUCAUGCUAUGCACAUGUAUGCCUGUCUCAUCAUUAAUUAAAUGUGCUUUUCUUGCAAAGCUAAGGCCACAUCAAAUUGUUUGCUUGUUUUUUUUUUAAACAAAUAUGUAUUUUUUUCUGAAGCAAGCAAAAAAAAAAAAGAAAUUUAGUUUUAAUAAUUUUUAUAUUUAUGCCAUCAACAAGAUUUAUCCUCCGCUACAGAUGCCAGAAAUUCUAUCGAAAUUAAGCAACAUAUAUGAACAGAAGCAAGCAAACAAAUACUAUAUACAUGCAUAAGAACAUUCUGUUUUCCUUUUUUGAAUAAAUUAGAGCGAGUAUCUUGUUAUCAAUUCGAUGUGGCUGUCGUCUAAUAUAUUAUUCCUUUCAUAUAGCAUGUGCUACUG